UGGUACUUUCGGAAUAAUCCUUUCACGACCGCGCGCCGUGCAUGGCGCCUGACGCUGGUAUGUCGCUAGCGUUUGUGGCCGGUAUGGCUCCGCUGUGUAUAUGCUGCCGCCUGCCUGCCGUGUAUGCCCGCGCCGUGCAUGGACGCGACCGAGAAGACUUCACACAUUGUUUAUAUUUGCCCACUCACACCGACAUACGGACUGUUCGCGACGAGUACGUACUUAUGUUAUUGUCACCCUUCCCCGAUCCGCCAGCGUAUCAUAGCAUAUGCAGCCACACUGCACUACACGUUCGUUAUAUUGAGUAGAAGAGGUGCGCGAGCGGAGGGAGUUGUGAGGCGCUUGGUGUUGUUCCGCUGUGAGCUUCGUAUCUUGUAUGUAUCCAGCCUCGCUACCUGAUACUCGUUUUAAUGCACCGAAUACCCGUUCAUCAAUAUACUUGGUGUGAGAGUGAGGGAAAAGAGAGAUAGGG